AUGCUUCCUGAAUUAGAAAAUAUGAUUCGAGUUAAUCCUCUCGAAGAGGAAUUCGGCGCCUCAAGCGAUUCCGGUGGAGGUGCCUGGAGUCUACUCAGCGAAGAAGUCGCGGCACACAUUGAUGACAGUGUUGUGUCGCUCGCUUCAUUCCAUAAAGAUAACGGAAAGUCGGUGUAUUUUGCGUGCACGGGCAUAAUUAUUGAGAGCAAUUCAACUACUACAAGUUUCUUGACUUCGUUAAGUUUGCUUAGAUCUACUGAUGAUGAUAGCAAGAUCUUUCAAGAUAUGAUGAUUAAAGUGCGCCUUCCAAAUAAUCAUCUUUCCAUGGGAUGGUUGGACUACUAUGACUUAAAAUACAAUGUUGCUGUUAUCAGCAUCGCGCCCUUCCAUGUUUUUCGCGCAGCAUUUCUAGAUCAUCAGCGGCAAUUUGAGCCUCAUAGUGAAGUAGUUGCUGUUGGGCGUUGCUUCGACUCAUGCAAAUUAAUGGCCACAGCUGGGAUGUUGACUGACAAUGGGAAGAGAAUUUACCGCGAGGAGCUUGCCAUCUCCACAUGUGAAAUCACUAUGACUGGAGUUGGAGGGCCCCUUGUUGAUUUUAAUGGUGACUUUGUCGGGAUGAACUUUUAUUCUAAGGAAGAGACUCCGUUCCUACCAAGGAAUAAAAUUCUUGAACUUCUGAUGAAUUUUAGGAGAACACCCCCGUGCUGGGAUACAAGUAAGAAAAGAGGUAGUAAAACUGAAAGAGGCGCAAGCAAGGCACGACUAUCUCCUGAAUCUCACAAGUCCGAUUUAGAAGUAUCCUUGGAUGCUAGAAGAGAUAAGUUUAGGUCUCGUGGUUACCCCUUACCAGUUUUGGAGGACGAUGGCAAGCGUCUGCGUUAUAGUUUUGAGGAGGAAUUUAGUGAAGAUAUCUGGAACAAAGUCAAGAAAAGAGUAGCUUCAAGUAUGUCUCGAGUUGUUGUUGCACUCGCUUCAUUCAGAGGAGAAGCGAGGCUUUUUGCUUGCACAGGUGUAUUCAUAGACUGCAAUGGGUUCACCACAAGAGUUCUGACCUCGGGAAAUUUGAUUAGAAGUAAUGAAGAUGAAAGCAAGGUUGCUGAUAACUUAAAGAUUGAAGUGCUCCUUCCAGAUAAACGACAUGUCCCAGGGAUGUUGCCACAUUACGAUCUGCAUUAUAAUGUCGCCAUCAUCAUUAUAAAUAAAUUUUGCUGUACACGUACAGCAAUUAUUGACAAUAAGGUGAAAACUGGCACUCAUUCGGAGGUAUUAGCCAUAGGGCGUGUCUAUGAAUCAGGAAAAUUAAUGGCUGCAAGUGGGGUAGCGAUCAACAAAGAAAGUGAACUCGACUGUAAAGAUCUUAGGAUCUCCACUUGUCAAAUCACAAAGGCUGGGAUUGGAGGCCCUCUUAUAGAUUCUAAUGGGAACUUUAUUGGGAUGAACUUCUAUGGCUUGGAAGAAACUCCCUAUACACCACGGGAUACAGUUGUGAAACUCUUGGAGAAUUUUGAUGCAGAAGGGCUUGAAUGA